AUGAACAUGCAGGACUUUGCAGAUGGUCUGUUCCAGUCAGAGGAUGGAGAGCUGCUUGUGCCACUUGAUGAUACUACUAGUGAUGAGGAAGAUGUCGCCAAAGAGUACGAGUGGGAGCCACCAGUCCAGGAGAAUGAAAGUGACAUACCAAGUGUAGAACUGGAUGAUCCUAUGGAUGAUGAUAGAAAUCCAAUCACUCAGUCCGAAGUUCGGGAUGUGAACGUCACAUACGGUUCUAGUAUCAGUGACACGGAAAACCCGUAUUCACCAUUUUCCUCUCAAAUGGACUGGGAUAUUGCGCAGUGGGCAAAGUUACGUGGCCCAAGCUCAACGGUGUUUUCAGAUCUGCUCAGUAUUGAUGGUGUUAGCAAAUGCCUUGGCCUCUCAUACAAAAAUUCAAGGGAGCUAAAUGGCAUCAUUGAUAAACAACUUCCUGGCUGUCUGAAGUUUCAGUGUGAACAGGUCAUAGUUGUGGGAGAAGCUUUUGAUAUUUAUUAUCGAGAUGUCCUUGAAUGUAUCAAGGCUCUCUUCAGUGACCCGGACUUUGCGGACUAUCUCGUAUUUGCACCACAGCGCCACUACAUGGACGACGAUGGAACAAAAAAGCUUGACGAGCAGUGGCCAGGUGCAACCAACAUACCUGUCAUCAUCUCAACAGACAAGACUCAAGUGACCAUGUUCCGGAAUAAAACUGCAUACCCUGUGUAUCUCACCAUCAGGAAUAUUCCAAAAGAAAACUGUCGAAAACCAUCUCGACGUGCUCAUGUUCUCCUCGCCUAUCUUCCCACCACUUCAAAUCUCUAUCACACAUGCAUGGCACGUGUGUUAUUGCCACUAGAAAAAGCUGGCCUUGAUGGCUUGGCAAUGUGGAGUGGUGAUGGUAUUUUGCACUGCUGUCAUCCACUCUUUGCUUGUUUUGUCGGUGAUUACCCCAAGCAAGUACUUGCAACCACGGUCAAAACUACGGAAUGCCCUAAAUGCAAUAUCCCACCUGACGAACUGGAGAGUCACACAGCACCCUUUGAAUUACGCGACCUUCAUGCCGUUCUUGAUGCACUCACUACCAUUGAUGCAUGUCAUGAUGCUGGCAUCAAGCCCGUCGCUGUCACACCUGACAUUCUCCAUCAACUGUACCAAGGUCUCAUUAAGCAUCUUCUAGGCUGGCUGGUGCAGGCAUGCGGACCAAACAAGAUCGAUGCGAGAUGCCAAAGAUUACCCCCCAACCACCAUAUCUGUCUGUUCAUGAAGGGCAUUACUGGUCUCUCUCAUGUUAGUGGUGCCGAGCAUGCUCAAAUAUGUUGUUUCCUCCUUGGUGUCAUUAUUGAUGCUCAACUUCCUGGCAAUAUGUCUUCGACAUCGCAGUAUCUGUGCCACAGCUCAGAGACACUACCGCUCCUAGAUGAAGUGCUCACCUUAUUCCACAACCACAAACAAAUAUUUGUUGACCUUGGUAUCAGGAACCAUUUCAAUCUCCCUAAACUUCAUGCCACUCGUCAUUAUAUAUCAAUGAUUUGCUUUUUCGGCAUGAUGGAUAACUACAAUACAGAAUAUACUGAACAACUUCACAUCGACUUAGCUAAAGAUGCCUACCGUGCAACAAAUCGCAAGGAUGAGUUCAUUAAAAUGACACAGUGGCUCGAACGCAAAGAGAAGAUUGUGCGCCAUGCGAAAUUUAUUCAUUGGCAACUCCACAACAAUACUCCACACCAUCCUCGUCCUCGACCAGCAAGUCUAUCAUUUGACCGAACACAAACUUUGGCCAAGCAUCCGAGUGCCAAAGCUGUACCCUUUCAAACUUCAAUCUCACUUUCUCGCACUCAUUUUGAAGCCCUUGCUGCAAAUGUUCACCUACCGUUCCACUCUGUUGCAGUAUACCACAAGAUCAAGUGGUUAUCUGUUGAUGCUCGAGGUCACGGCGACCCACUCGUUACAGUGGAUAGCAUCCAUGUCAUGCCCUGUCACACCGGCACUUGCCGAAAAAAUGAUGCUCUACCUGCACGUUUUGAUACAGCACUCAUAAAUAAUGAUACUGGACAGUCUGUGGGUGUUGAAGGCUACCAGGUUGGUCAAAUUCGGGCAAUCUUCUCCAUGAGAGAGAAAGAUGCGCAGUUCCUAUUUCCUCCAACACAUCAACCUCCGAAACACCUCACGUACAUCGAGUGGUUCAGGCCGUUUUCUUCGACACCAGAUCCAAGACAUGGCAUGUACAAAAUCACUUGUUUGGUCCAUUCAGGUGAGAAAGUCGCUAGUAUAAUCCCCGUUUCGAAUAUUGUCCACAGUAUACACCUUAUUCCAAAGUUUGGACCAGUUGCACCUUGUCACUGGAGAAGCAACAAUGUUCUCGAGGAGUGUGAUACAUUUUUUGUUAAUUGUUACAUAGAUUGGCAUAGUUUUGUGACCCUUUGA